AUGAUAGCACAAAGAGUUGGACCAAAAUCAAAUACAUUGCCUCCAUUAAGUCCAAAGGUUCAGAGCUUAAACAGUAACUUUCUGAUUCCAUUUCCAUCAGCCAAAGAGAUCCCUAUUAUCUCUGACAAAGACGAAGAAUCAGUUCCUGCUGAUAACUCCAACACUGAGACUGAUCAGGUUCAUCAUCAGGACCCUAACGCUAACGCUAAUGCUCAUGCAGACCCCAAGAGACUCAAAAGAAUCGUAGCAAGCAGACAGUAUUCACAGAAAUAUCGGCUCAAACAGCUCCAAUACAUUAGUCAACUGGAAACUGAAGUCAAAGCUUUACAAGCAGAAGUAGCAAUCGCUUCUCCAAGAAUUAAAUACAGUGAUCGUCAAAAUGCCCUAUUGAGAGCUGAAAAUAGUUCGAUAAAGCAAAGGCUCUCUGCCUUUUCCGGUGAACUUUUGUUCAAAGAAGCUCAAUAUGAGGAAUUGAAGAAAGAAAGAGACUCCUUGAAGCAAUUUUCAGAAGUUUAUCAACAGCAAAUGUCUGAGAUGCUGAGAAAUGGGCCUGCGAUGUAUCAGAUGGUGAACACCAUGAGUUUGAACCAAUCUGCACGAGGGCUUAAUCAGUUUCCAGAACCCGUCAACCCGCCCAACCACCAAAACUUGAACCAAUUUGCACCAGGACUACAGUUUAUUAACAUCAAUAAUAAUAAUAAUACUCCCAAUCCUGAUCAUUCCUACAACUUUAUGUGA